AUGAAUAAUGACCUUACUGAUCUUAACAUUGAAUGGAUUAAGACCCUUCGUAAGAACAUACCUUUCUUUAUUAUUCAUAAUACUUAUCAGCCUCAGAAAGGCAAGAUGUUCCGCUUGACUCCUAAUAAAAAAACAGAUAUACAAGGGAUAGUUCGUGCUCUUAAGACCGAUUUUCCAGAACUAAGAAUCAAGGAAUAUCAUGAUAAAUUAGAUCCUGAGGAAAAGGCUCAUGAUUUUAGCAAUGUAGAAGAAUCAUGGAAAGAUUUAGACCUAAUUGCCUAUACUAGUACUCUAAAAAUAGGAGUAUCAUCUGGCAUGGAAGUUUCGAUCAUAGAAUUAGGUCUUAGAUCUAAAGAAAAUAUAUUAUCGCAAGUGAUAAAAGCAAAUUGCACUAUCGUUAAAGCAGAGGAAAUAUCAGAUAUAUCUAACGCUACUGUUAUUAAUCAUGAAACUGCUGAAUUUUUGGAGAAUAAGCCAAAGAAGACCUUAGAAGAAAUGCAUUCUCUAGACUGGCAUCAUAUUGUAGAAUCUUAUAAGAUUUCUUCUGAAUAUUGA